AUGUUUUUUACAAAGGAAGAACUUGUGAAGUGGCUGGGACUAACAGUUUUUGAAAUAUGGAUUAAUUUAAUAUCUUUUCUAGUAUUUACAAUCAUAUUCGUUUUCAAAUAUGAUCCCUCAAAGGACUUGGAGAGCAUUGAUUGGUGGUUUAUAUUUUCACCAUUGUUUGCUGGAGAUGCUCUUAAUACAUAUUUUGUUAUAAUAAUUUUUAUAAGAAUGCUGCUAGAGAUGACUAUAAAGUCUUCUUUGGUAAGGAUAAGCUGGUCGGGAACAGUGUUGUUGAUGUUUUUCUUAUUUAAAUACUUAUUGUGUAAACGACUCUUAGGUCAAACAACAUUAGAUUAUUCAGAGGUUUUUGUGCCCUUAUAUAUUCUUUUACAGUUAAUAGCUGUACGUGCUUGUCAACAAAGUUAA